GAGAAAAAAGAAAGAGCGGCCGCCGGCGAGAGAGGCGGAGGGGAGGGAAGAAAGGUGCGGCCUUUCUUGCCUAAAAUUCCAGCGGCGGAGGCGAAUCCAGGGAGGAGGAGGAGGAGGGGGCCGCCCCUGCCCAGCUAAAUCCUCGUCGUCUCUCUCGUCGUUCGUCUCCCCGAUCGCCAUUUCCCCCCUUCCGCGCGAGAGAUUCGUCCUCCGAUGCAGGCCGCCGCCUCCUGGGGCAAGGGCCUCCCCGGCCUGCGGAGCCACCUCUGCGCCGCGGCGUCGUUCCACUCCACGCCCCCCUCGCCCGCCAAGUGGAAGGGCAAGUUCGAUUGCAAGCAUGAACAUGGAGAACGGAAGCUAUCCAAGAAAUAUGAGCGAUACGUUGUUCGUCAAAAACGAGCAGAAGGAAAGAAGGCCCUGAAAAAUUACCUUCUGUAUGGAAAGUCAACACCUCAUGUACAGGAUGGAAGUAUGGGCAGCUUUGCUAAUUCGCAUGACAUUCCACGAUUCAAAACAUUCAGAAAAAGACAGGAUCACAGCUCAACAAAACCUCGACAAGGAGUACACCAUCAAAGAAAGGACAAAAAGGACAAGGCGAAGUUCUACAACUUUUUCUACGAAACCCGUUAUGUGAAUCCUGAAAAUAUUUUUGAGACCAUCUUUGGUGAGCAUCACCAGAGUUUUACCUGGUCCCAUGCUUCAUGGGAGGGUUUUCACUUCAGAGCUUCAUCGUUUGGAUUCAGACGGGCUGGUGAAUCACGAAGACAAAGAGUUGAAAGUGAGAGCGAAGACGAAAGCGACGACGACGACACCGGUGAGACAGCCGGCGUUGGCUCACAUGCGCACAGGGUCACCCUUGGAUUGCCACCUCGUGGUCCACUAACCCUAGAUGAUGUCAAAACAGCCUUCCGCGCGUCUGCUCUGAGGUGGCACCCUGACAAGCACCCGGGCUCUUCACAGGCCGUAGCCGAGGAGAAGUUCAAGCUGUGCGUCAAUGCAUACAACUCGCUCUGCACCGUCCUGAAGGCCGCGUGAUAAGCCUCUUCCUCCACGCGUGGUGUUCUGAAGCUUGUGAACGCUAUCCGCUCGUCGGUCUCCCGACCUCCCUGGAGCGCGUGAAAAUCGUUCCAUCACUUGUUGGGAAUUGGAGCUCCUGAACGGAAGCUCAGGAGCUAGAGCUCUCUUCCCUGCAUGCAUCUGUUGUUUGUUCCUUUCUUGGGUAUUCGUUUUCUUUCACUAGAGAUUUGAGCCAACAGAGCCAAGCUCCCAACAGCAUGGAAGGAGAUUAUGUUGUAACAUGUAGAAGCAGAAUCAUAUUUACUACCGUUCCAAGAUGUAACAACAAAUGAUGGUUAUUUCAUUUGAUCUCUCGAUUUCGAAAGGGGAAAUAAAAGGAACUUGUCUGAA